CUUGUUUUCUAAACGUUGUAAUUGUGUGUCAGUCAACAGUCAGACAGUAAUCGGAAUGACAGUGAUUGUUCGACUAUCGUAGUACUGUUAUUUGAGUUAUUUCGCAUUAAUUUACGAUAAAUUUUCGAUAGUUCAAUCACUAGGUCCUACGUGACUUUUUGACUGGAUACCAUGGCCGCGUCGAACAAUCCUUUCAACAAGUUACUGAAGUCAUUGGACUUGGAAGGAAAGAAAUACAAGUACUAUGACCUGUCGCAGCUCGGAGAUAAGUACGAUCGCCUGCCGUACAGCAUCCGUGUACUCGUCGAGUCGUGCAUCCGAAACUGCGACAACUUCCAAGUCUUGGAGAAGGAUGUCAAGAAUGUGCUCGACUGGGAGACGAACCAGAAUUCUGAGAACGGUGUCGAGAUAGCUUUUAAACCGGCGAGGGUUAUCCUUCAGGAUCUUACCGGUGUACCGGCGGUCGUGGACUUUGCAGCUAUGCGGGACGCGGUCCGCGAGCUCGGUGGUAAUCCCGAUAAAAUCAACCCGAUUUGUCCCGCGGAUUUGGUCAUUGAUCAUUCGGUGCAAGUGGAUUUUGCGAGAUCACCUGACGCCCUGAACAAGAAUCAAGAGUUGGAAUUCGAGAGGAACCAAGAGAGAUUUCAGUUUCUUAAGUGGGGUGCUCAGGCGUUUGACAAUAUGCUGAUCGUUCCUCCUGGUUCUGGAAUAGUCCAUCAGGUUAAUUUGGAGUACUUAGCUCGCGUAGUUUUCACCGGAGAUCUCCUUUACCCGGACUCGGUGGUGGGAACCGACAGUCAUACCACCAUGAUCAACGGCCUCGGCGUGGUGGGAUGGGGUGUUGGUGGCAUCGAAGCAGAGGCAGUCAUGCUCGGACAAGCGAUUAGUAUGCUGCUACCGAAGGUGGUAGGUUACAAGCUCGUGGGAGCGUUGAACCCGCUGGUGACGUCGACGGACCUCGUGCUGACUAUUACUAAGCAUCUCCGAUCGUUGGGCGUCGUCGGUAAAUUCGUCGAGUUCUUCGGUCCUGGCGUGACGGCUCUCAGCAUAGCGGAUCGAGCGACGGUCGCCAACAUGUGUCCGGAGUUCGGUGCGACGGUCGCGCACUUCCCGGUCGACGAACGAUCGUUGCAGUAUUUGAGUCAGACGAAUCGUUCGGCGGAAAAGAUAAAAAUUAUCGAAGCGUAUCUGAAAGCUACGAAGCAGUUUAGAGAUUACAGUGACCCGGCGCAGGACCCCGUGUUCUCGGAGGUGGUGGAACUCGAUCUGUCAACGGUCGUGACGUCAGUCAGCGGUCCGAAACGACCACAGGACAGAGUUUCCGUCUCGGUUAUGAAGAAGGACUUCAAUGAAUGUCUUACAAACAAGGUUGGGUUCAAAGGCUAUGGCCUGAGUCCGUCUCAGCUCUCGACCACGGGCAGCUUCUCGUUCAGUGACGGGAAGACUUAUACGAUCACACACGGUUCGGUGAUAAUCGCCGCCAUCACAUCGUGCACAAACACUUCCAACCCUAGCGUCAUGCUUGGAGCUGGUCUCCUGGCUAAAAAGGCAGUGGAAGCAGGGCUUAGUGUGCUCCCGUACAUCAAGACGUCUCUCUCACCUGGUUCAGGGGUGGUUACCUAUUACUUGAGGGAAUCGGGCGUGGUUCCGUAUUUGGAGAAACUAGGAUUCGACAUCGUCGGCUACGGUUGUAUGACGUGCAUUGGUAACUCUGGACCGAUUGAUGAUAAUAUCGCGAACACCAUCGAGAAGAACGAGCUGGUCUGCUGCGGCGUUCUCUCCGGGAACAGGAACUUCGAGGGUAGGAUCCACCCGAACACGAGGGCGAACUACUUGGCGUCCCCUCUACUGGUUAUCGCGUACGCCUUGGCUGGUACCGUCGACAUUGAUUUUGAAAAAGAACCAUUGGGUAAACGAGCUGACGGGUCGUCUGUCUUUUUGAGAGAUAUCUGGCCGACGAGAUCUGAAAUUCAGGAAGUUGAGGACAAAUACGUCAUACCUGGAAUGUUCAAAGAGGUUUAUGAGAAGAUAGAACAAGGUUCGCCAUCCUGGCAGGCCCUCGACGUGCCAAAGGGGAAGCUCUACGGCUGGGACCCCAACUCCACAUACAUCAAAAGGCCCCCAUUCUUCGAUGGAAUGACUAAGGAUCUGCCGCCAAUCAAGAGCAUACCGAACGCGCGUUGCUUGCUUCUAUUGGGAGAUUCGGUGACCACUGAUCACAUAUCGCCGGCCGGCUCUAUCGCAAGGAACUCCCCAGCCGCGAGACUCUUGGCUUCUAGAGGGCUGACGCCGCGCGAGUUCAACUCGUACGGGUCCCGGCGGGGCAACGACGCGGUGAUGUCCCGCGGGACGUUCGCCAACAUCCGCCUCGUCAACCGCCUGGCGCCGCGCGCCGGCCCGCACACCGCGCACCAGCCCAGCGGGGACGUCAUGGACGUCUUCGACGCCGCCGACCGAUACGCCAAAGAGAACGUCCCUCUUAUUGCUAUUGUCGGCAAGGACUACGGUUCCGGCUCGAGUCGUGAUUGGGCCGCCAAAGGACCGUUCCUAUUGGGCAUACGGGCAGUUAUCGCGGAGUCGUUCGAGCGUAUACAUCGUUCGAACCUCGUGGGUAUGGGUAUAAUGCCGCUCCAAUUCCUUCCCGGCGAGAACGCGGACAGUCUCGGUCUGAACGGGACGGAGGUGUACACGAUCGACGUCCCGGCGAACUUGGUGCCCCACCAGGAGCUCAAAGUUCAAGUCGACAACGGGAAGUCUUUCCAAGUCAUAGUACGUUUCGAUACGGAAGUAGACCUCACAUACUUCAGGAAUGGAGGGAUAUUGAACUAUAUGAUAAGAAAGAUGCUGUAAAUAUAAUUAUAAUACAUAUUCGACUACGGACCGGUAGUGUAGUUAUUAAUGGCGUGGCUGGUAGCAUUUGGCAUUGUAAGUUUAGUGGUAGCCACGUAAAGGCUAACGCGCCCCCCUCCCAUACUAUCAAUUGAUCAAUUAUUAAAUCAACUUUCACCAAAUUAGAUACUUGCUUAUUUUAAUUGUCAACUAUUAUGUAACUUGGAUUUGCAAAUAUAUAUGUUGCAGAAGUCGAGGUACUUUGUGUAAUUUGUUCGUCCGACACGGUCAGUGCGCACGGGCACGGUCGAAUGUUCGCAAUAAAAUGAUUUCGAACCCAGCGGCCCGCUCUACUGACUCACGAUAAGUCAUGUAACUGUCAAAGCGUCUCAUGUCACUGUCAGUGUUGCCAUUAGUCCUACACGAGUCAAAACUAAGACUAUAUUUAAUUAGUAUUAUUUAAUCUCUAACACAAACAUUCUGAUAGAAGGCGCGUUGUCGCGCCUCUAUAAACUCCAUCUUACUCUAAGAUGUUAAGUGAACGGCCACAUAACGUGCUAAUAUCACCACUGACAUAUAUUCUAAUGUACUUUAAAAUAAGUUUUUAUUUGCUGCAACUGCUAUUUUACUUUUGAACUAUAUGACGCUUAAACAUAUAGUGUGAAGCGUUUCGACUUCCAACGCUUACCCAAAAGCGUUAAGCGUUUCGACUUCCAACGCUUAACCAAAGCGUGAAGCGUUUUGAUUUCCAACGCUUAACCAAAGCGUGAAGCGUUUCGACUUCCAACGCUUAAACACCUUAGCGUGAAGCGUCUCGACUUCCAACGCUUAACCAAAGCGUGAAGCGUCUCGACUUCCAACGCUUAAUCAAAGCGUGAAGCGUCUCGACUUCCAACGCUUAAACACCUUAGCGUGAAGCGUCUCGACUUCCAACGCUUAACCAAAGCGUGAAGCGUUUCGACUUCCAUCGCUUAAUCAAAGCGUGAAGCGUUUCGACUUCCAACGCUUAAACACCUUAGCGUGAAGCGUCUCGACUUCCAACGCUUAACCAAAGCGUGAAGCGUUUCGACUUCCAUCGCUUAAUCAAAGCGUGAAGCGUUUCGACUUCCAACGCUUAACCAAAGCGUGAAGCGUUUUGACUUCCAACGCUUAAACACCUUAGCGUGAAGCGUCUCGACUUCCAACGCUUAACCAAAGCGUGAAGCGUUUCGACUUCCAUCGCUUAAUCAAAGCGUGAAGCGUUUCGACUUCCAACGCUUAACCAAAGCGUGAAGCGUUUUGACUUCCAACGCUUAAACACCUUAGCGUGAAGCGUCUCGACUUCCAACGCUUAACCAAAGCGUGAAGCGUUUCGACUUCCAUCGCUUAAUCAAAGCGUGAAGCGUCUCGACUUCCAACGCUUAAACACCUUAGCGUGAAGCGUUUCGACUUCCAACGCUUAACCAAAGCGUGAAGCGUUUCGACUUUCCAACGCUUACCCAAAGCGUUAAGCGUUUCGACUUCCAACGCUUAAACACCUUAACGUAAAGCGUUUCGACUUCCAACGCUUAACCAAAGCGUUAAGCGUUUCGACUUCCAACGCUUAAUCACCUUAGCGUGAAGCGUUUCGACUUCCAACGCUUAAAAAUAAUAAAUACACAAAUCGAACGUUUCAAAUCGACGUUUUAAAAUUCAUUUAAUAGUUAUAUAAAUACGACACAAUAAAUAAAUAUCAUGUCAUGUCUCAUGUCACUGUCAGUGUUGCCAUUAGUCGUACACGAGUCAAAACUAAGACUAUAUUUGUUUACUAUUAUUUAUUCUCUAACAUAUAUUAUAGAGCGAAAAUAAAUGGUAAUGAAUUAAUUUGAUAAUUUACUUUUUUGCUAUUCCGAAGUGCUCUAUUAAAAAAACUUACAAUGCCAAUGUUUAUAGGUAGGAUAGCCUGCCUGACCUAUUUGCCUGCCAUCAUAAAUAAUGGUCGCAUUUCACUCGGCUUAACGUGAUAAUUUAUCGCUUUGUUGUAUUGUAUUAGUUAAAGUUACACGUAUAUUUGUCUCAUUCUGUCAUCAGCAAUUUGACAUUAAAUAGAAGAAGACAAAUAUAUAAUCUGAAAUUUAUGAUAAGAUUAUUUACGAGUCAUCAACAAAUAGACUGAACCCGGGAACAAUUUAUCAAAAUAUUUUCUUAUUCAUAAACCAAUGAACGCAAGAGCGAUUCAAGUGCUGACGGAGAAAGCGAAUGUUCGCCAUAUUUGAAUCCUUUGAUGUGUUACUAAAUGCCGACAAAUGAAGGAAACAUUUUGUUAUUUAUAUAUUUAUUAUAAGGAAGACAAACAGACAAAAUACAGUUCAAUUUAUUUGCUUUGAAAAUAAUAUUAUACAUAUUUAGUCUAUAUUUAAGACUUGCUAAUAUUUUAACUUAUAUACAUUUUUCUAUUGAAUUGAAUUAUAUUACACAUAAAAUUAUUAAAUUAAAUAAAAAAAAACAAAUCACAAACCAAUCGAGUCCUUACAAUUAAGUAAAUCAAAAAGCAUUACAUAGCAGAUUGUGGAGACGGUAACAAUUAAAAUAAUAUUAUAAAUAACAAUUACAAUUAGAUUAAAAUUAAAAUUUCAUACAAUAUGACCGAGUUACAUUUCGUAUUUGUCAUAUUUAUGCGAAUAUAAUGUCUCCUCAAUAACUGUCAAAUUAGUCUAAGAAAGGUUUGACAAUUGUAUCGUUUAGUACAGAAAUGUUUCGCCCACGGAAACAUUUAUAAUGAAAUUUAUUAAGUUAUAAAAGUGAAAACCAUUUUUAUGGUGACAGUAAUUAUUAUAAAUGGUAACGUAACAGCCUUUACAGGUCCCACUGCUGGACUAGAUCUUUAUCCAUUUCGAGAAGGUUUACGAAACUCAUUCCACUACGCUGGUGGUCAUGGGGACAUUUUUGCUCCAUCUGUUAUUAAAACGAUAUAUUUAACAUCCAGAAGUGAAACAGAUUAUUAAAAACCUCUAAAUGGUAUUUUUAAAAAUAGAACACCGAAUCAUAUAAAUUGAUGUAAAUAACUCACUCAAUCCUUAAAAAUACUAAAUAAACACAAAUUAACACAUUCAACAAAUCACAAGUCGCGCCAAUAAUGAAUAAAUUACUUGACCUUUCUUUCCACAAACAAAAUGGCGGUUUGAAAUUGGCGCGCGUUUUUUUUUUUUAACAACGCUUUUGUAUCAAGGUGUCUCCUAAAUAUAUUCUAUUAAAGAUAUUUUGCAUCAUUCUAUAAGAUGUAGUGUCACUAUAAAAAUAUUGUUAUUAUUAUUAUUAUAAUAUUACACAUAUAAUUCUCGAAGCGAUAUCGAAUACGUUUCCAAUAUAUUUUGGCGUUUUCAGCGACUUUGUCUAUGCCAUGUGUCCAGUACGGCUAAUCAGUUUUAACGAAAAUCAGAAAUGUCAGAAAGUGAUAUUCGAUAUUAACGAUAAAAAUUAUAAAAUAACAAUAAAACACGCACAAAAAUAUAUCUAAUAAUUUAUAUAUACAUUCAUAAGUCGGUUUUCAAUGGUUCACGUGCGAGUGAUUUAUUUAUUUAAGUAAAACAACAGAUUUAUACAAAAUAUGUUGACAUUAAAACAUAAUAUACAAACAAUAGAGAUUUCCGAUUGAAUUAUACAAACUUGGGUUCGAUUCCCAAACAGGACAGACAUUUGUGUGCAUGAACAUGUCCGGUUAUCCUGAGUCUGGGUGUAGUUAUCUAUAUAAGUAUGUAUUUACAAAAGAAAAGUAGUAUAUGUAGUAUAUCAGUUGUCUGGUUUCCGUAGUACGAGCUCUGCUUAGUUUGGGAGAGAGGCCGUGUGUGAAUAAUGUUGGGACAUUAUUAUUACUGUCAUCACUGUGGGUAUCUAUCGCGUGUUCGCCAAGUGAAGUACUGACAUUAUAUAACUAGUAUUAUAAGUAUAUUUUUUUUUUGACAUAGUGGGAAAUAUAACAGGGUCAUUGCAUUGGCUGUGCCGUAGUUGCGUAGCUAUAUAUAACGGUGUAUUGUUAUUUUAAUAUGUUAUUAUAUUUUGAAUAAAUAUUUAUGGUGAAAAAUA